CAGGUGGCCGCCUGGGUUGGGAGGACGCUGGCGGACCCGCACUGUGUGGGCGGGACUGGGCAGCCCAGCGGGCGGCCGGGGGCGGGCCGGUAGGGGCCUUUGAGCGGCGUCCCCCUCCCGCCGGGCGCUGGAGUAGACACGAAGCGCGGGGCUGCAGUCUGCGCCUGCCCGAGCCUGUAGGGCGAAAGGGCCGCGCCCACCUUCCAGUAGUGGCCAGUGCUUCCGUCCCUGACACCUUGCCCUGGCAAACAGGCCUUCAGGCCCAGCCUCUCCCGCCCGUGUCCGGAGACCCUCGGGCCGUGUCCACGAAGGGCAAAGCAGGAGGGUCAGACUGGGCCCCUUCCUGGGCUCCGACGCUCUGGCUGCGCCCGGAACCCCAGGCUCGCGGCCCGGGUUUCUGGCCGGCGGAAGCGCUCAGCGCCGGAGCCCACGGAAGCGGACUCGGAGGGCGGGACGGGGCCGGACCGGAGAUGGCGCCUCCGGCGGGCGGCGCGGCGGACCCGGACCCGGGCUCGGCCGUGGUGCUCCUUGCCGUACACGCCGCGGUGAGGCCGCUGGGCGCGGGGCCGGACACCGAGGCGCAGCUGCGGAGGCUGCAGCUGAGCGCGGACCCCGAGCGGCCCGGGCGCUUCCGGCUGGAGCUGCUGGGCGCGGGGCCCGGGGCGGUCAAUUUGGAGUGGCCCUUGGAGUCAGUCUCCUACACCGUCCGAGGCCCCAGCCAGCAUGAGCUGCAGCCUCCACCUGGAGGGCCUGGGACCCUCAGCCUGCACUUCCCCAAUCCUCAGGAAGCUCAGCGGUGGGCAGCCCUGGUCCGAGGUGCCACCGUGGAGGGACAGAAUGGCAGUGACAGCCUGCCCCCAGCCCUGGGCCCAGAAACGUGCCCUGUUUCUCUACCCAGUCCCCCUCCACCCAGUCCCCCUGAAGUGCCCACAGCCAAGGUCCCCCAACCCAAGGUGGAUCUGCCCUGGAGCCCUGGAGACUUGAUGGAGAAAGAAGAGCUGGUGGGGCGCCUGGCCCGGGCCAUCGAAGGUGGGGAUAAGAAGGGGGCGGCUCAGACAGCAGCCAUCCUGGCCCAGCAUCAUGUGGCCCUUAGGGUCCAACUCCAGGAGGCCUGCUUCCCUCCUGGCCCCAUCAGGCUACAGGUCACAGUUGAAGACGCUGCAUCCUCUGCUCACGUCUCGCUGCAGGUACACCCCCACUGCACCAUCGCGGCCCUCCAGGAGCAGGUGUUCUCGGAGUUUGGCUUCCCGCCCGCUGUGCAGCGCUGGGUCAUUGGGCGGUGUCUGUGUGUGCCCGAGUGCAGCCUUGCUUCCUAUGGCAUCCAGCGGGACGGGGACCCUGCUUUCCUUUACCUGCUCUCAGCCCCUCGAGAAGCCCCAGGUCGCAGCACUCAGCGCCCCCAGAAGGUGGAUGGGGAACUAGGCCGCUUGUUUCCUCAGUCACUGGGGCUGCCUCGAGCCCCUCAGCCAGCCAGCUCCAGCCUCCCCAGCCCCCUUCAGCCUGGCUGGUCCUGCCCUUCCUGCACCUUCAUCAAUGCCCCAAGCAGACCUGGCUGUGAGAUGUGUAGCACCCAGAGGCCUUGCACUUGGGACCCCCUUCCCUCAGCCUCCACCCAGCAGCCACCAAAGGUCACAAAGAGAGAGGAUGGCCUGUUCCUUCCAAGCCCAAGGUCCCUGGACCCCCUCCUGAACCUCUCAGGGGACCUCUGCUGACUGCUCUCUGGGGACAGAGCCAGGGUUGGGGGAGGGGCCACCAGAGUCAUUAAAGACACUUCUGAGCCAGCCA